AAACCGAAACCGAAUGGACCCAACCGAUAACCGAACGGUUAACCGAAAGCCCAGUCCUAAGACGAUGAGUUUUGUCCCGUGUUUAAAAUUAAUUUAGAUGUAUAUAUACACAGCUUCUGGUUUGUGUGACAACUUUGUUUCCAUAUAUAAAUUAGUCAAGCCUCUAUAGAUAGACUACAUUCGGAAAAAAUACUAGUUUAUUGGUGUUAUUUGUCGCUCCUCAAGGUGGCAAACCAAGGAGAACAAGAAGAGUCCAGGGCCAAUGAGCCUGAGGGUAUCGAAUCAGUGGUUGAUGACGUCUACAAUUUUGAAGACGACCCUGUUGUUGAUAGGUUCAAUAGGUUCGGCACGGAGAUGUCUGCCAUGGUCUCGGCUUUGACACAGGUUGUUUCUGCUCGCUCUCAGACUGAGGCCGAAGGGGCUCACUCUUCUUCCUCUUCGGCUGGACAGAAGAGAGGUUGGCUUGGAAUCGAUUCUGUGCCUAUUCCCUCCCCAUUUGCUCGAGUAGACUCUUCACUUAGUCCGAUCGAAGAAUCAACAAGCAAGGCAUUACCAGAGGAAGCAAGGGAGAAAAGAAGGAGAUACAGGGGAGUAAGGCAAAGACCAUGGGGCAAAUGGGCGGCUGAGAUACGCGAUCCACAUAGAGCCGCUAGAGUUUGGCUCGGGACGUUUGAUACAGCGGAAGCCGCGGCUAGAGCCUACGACGAGGCUGCACUCAGGUUCCGUGGAAAUAAAGCAAAGCUUAAUUUCCCAGAGGAUGUAAGAAUUCUUCCUCCUCCUCCUCCUCUUCUUCCUCCACCAGCUGACACGGCGGCGAAUAAAGCAGAAGAGGAUCUGAUAAAUUAUUGGAGUUAUUCAAAGUUGUUGCAAAGUUCAGACCAACGGUUAAUCCCCGAGCGAGGACAAGAAGAGAGUACCAACAUACUAGAACAUUUACCAAUGGAACAACCUUUGCCUCCUUCAAGUUCUGGUCCAAGUUCCUCUGAUUUUUGUGGACCUUCCUCUACCUAAUACAUUACAUAUUUCACUUUUAUUAACAAACAGUCUACAAAACCAUUUAAAUACGUAGCUAAAAGAAAAUGAUUUUUCUUGUCUCUAUACAUUGCUAAGUGCUAAACAAUAUAUAUUGUACUCUGUUUUGCCUUAAGUAAUCUCUCUCUUUUCGUUGUAGAAUCUUUCUUUAUCAUCCAAAUUUCAUUUCCUCGUUCUAGUUUCGUAUCUCAUUAUGUCAAAACGAUU